AUUAUUGUCUCGAGUCGUAUAGGUAGGUGUGCAGGGUGAGAAGUGUGACGACUGUACCAGAUAAGACUUCUGGAUUCCGUUCUAUUUUUUGUCAUUAUCAGUCUAUAGGACACAAUGUUGAAGUUAUUACUUGCAAUACUUCUGUUUAAAACAGCUCAGUUGCUGCAGCGACCAUACCCUCCCGGGAGUCAAAAGUGGUGCUUUUCCUCCGCGGGUUGCCCGGAUGAUGAAUGUUGUGUACACGUGACAGAACCGGAUGGGCCAUUCGGGAGACGAGGUGUAGCGCCACCUGGGAGGUGUUUCACUGAAACGUCGGAUCUCAGAGGAAUGUGCAUGAGGUCGGCGUCUGAGAGGGCAGCGGUGCCUCACUGGUGUAACGACGGGGGCGACUGCGCCGACGACGAGUGCUGCGUUGAGUAUGAUCAGGGUCCAGGCUUCGGACGGAGGGAGGCCGGCCGGGAUGUGUACCUCGGGGUGUGUGAUAAGCUGGGACACUUCGACUCAGAUUGUCGUAUGGACCACUUCAACAGCACUAACAACGCCCGCCCCGAUGGUCUAGUGAAGAGUUGCCCCUGUAACAUCAAGUACAAUUGCACUCUCAUUGACGAUUCCGACAAAACGCUGGGGAUUUGCACCUAACAGAAAUACCAAAAUUGCUCUCGCCAAGAAGACUUUUUCAAUAAACUGAAAUAUAUUUA